AUGCGAAGAAGAAGAAGAAGAGGAGAAGGAAGAGGAGAAGAAGGAGGAGGAGGAGGCAGAGGACGAAGAGGAGAAAAAGGACGAAGAGGAAGAAGGACGAGGACGAGGAGGAGAAGGAGGAGGAGGAGGCAGAGGACGAAGAGGAGAAAAAGGACGAAGAGGAAGAAGGACGAGGACGAGGAGGAGAAGGAGGAGGAGGAGGCAGAGGACGAAGAGGAGAAAAAGGACGAAGAGGAAGAAGGACGAGGACGAGGAGGAGAAGGAGGAGGAGGAGAAGAAGAAGAAGAGGAGAAGGAAGAGGAGAAGAAGGAGGAGGAGGAGGCAGAGGACGAAGAGGAGAAAAAGGACGAAGAGGAAGAAGAGGAGGAAGAGGAGGAGGAUAGGAGAAAGGCGAUGAAAAAGAAGGAUACUUAA